UCAAUCGCUCUGUCUGCUCUAUGACAAUUGCCUACAGCCAAGACUACGCGUCCGAAGCCAGAAGAGAAGACAGGUCUUCGAUUAUCAGCUUCUGAACGGAAUGUUUACUCCUUCCACUCUCGAGCGAUGAAAUAUUCUGAGAAUGGAAGCACCCUAACCCCGCUACCCAGCCACGUCUCGAGCUAAAAAUAGGCGGCUGGGUUAAUUUUUCAGUCGCGGUGGGUGGCGGUGCGAGGGGGCUGAGUCUCGCCGUCGUCACUCGUUGUUGCCAAUUUUACCCGCGCUCCGUUGGUGCUGUUUUGCCUCCUCGCGCUCGCUUCACUCCUUUCUUCUUCUUCCUCUCCCAUCUCCGCCUCCGCUCCCUUGCUCUCCUUCCCUACAAAGUCGCUGCUCGCAUCGCAGUGUCCAUUCGCUUUCCUUUCCUUCACUCAUGCGUCUCAGAACAGCCUUCAUCGCGGCCUGCUCCCUCCUCGCGGCCGCUCCCGCGGCUGCCGAGCGAUACAUAAAGUCGACCGCGUUGCAGACCUGCAUGGACGAUUCCGACUUCUCGGCCUCGCUCUUUAACCUCAUCCUCACCCCAAACAACCGCACCGUCUCGCUCGAUGUCGUCGCUACCUCUACCUUGAGCGGCAACAUCAGCGCUCACCUCGAGGUAUUCGCGUACGGAAUCAGCAUUUUCAACUACAAGCUCGAUCCUUGUGACCUCGACAUCUCCCAGCUUUGCCCCAUCAGUCCCGGUCAGUUUGACAUCGAGACCGAUUUCACUCUCAGCCAGAGUGUUAUCAAUGACAUUCCUGGUAUUGCAUUCACCAUGCCAGAUCUUGAUGGAACCGCUAAAGUGAGAAUCUACGACGACAACAGCACGCAGGUUGCUUGCGUGCAGGCUGUGCUGUCCAACGGAAAGACCGUCGACAACGCGGUCGUCAAGUGGGUCACUGCUGUGAUUGCUGGUAUCGCCCUCAUCGUCUCUGCGUUUGCGUCUGCUUCUGGCCAUUCGUCGACCGCUGCCCACAUUGCCGCCAACGGUCUUUCGCUCUUUGGUUACUUCCAGAACGUCGCUAUUAUUGGUAUGGGUGCGAUGAAGCUCCCUCCUAUGACUGCUGCCUGGGUCCAGGAUUUCCAGUGGACAAUGGGUAUUAUUCGCGUCGGAUUCAUGCAAGAUAUCUUCAACUGGUACAUUAAGGCCACUGGUGGAACACCAACCACGCUUUUGCAGUCUCUGUCGUCGGUUUCAAUCUUGAUUCAGAAGCGAUCGCUCGAGUACCUGAGCAAAUACAGCACCAUUGCUGAGCGCUCAAAUAACGACUCCGACCUGACCACUAUUUCGAGCACAUAUGUCUUGCAUGGCUUCCGCCGUAUUGCAUACCUUGCUGGCAUCGAGAUCACGAACCUGUUCCUUACCGGAUUCGUUUUCUUCCUUGUGUUUUCCGUGUUCAUCACGCUCGCGCUGUGCCUUGUCAAGCUUAUUCUCGAAGGUCUUUCAAAGGUCGGAGCCGUUCGUUUCGACAGAUUCGCCGAGUUCAGACAGCGAUGGUUGACGAUCAUCAAGGGAACUAUGUACCGUUUGGUGCUCGUUGGAUUCCCUCAGAUGACGAUUCUGUCGUUGUGGGAGCUGACGCGUCGCGACUCGCCGGCUACUAUUGUGCUUGCGAUCGUCAUGUUUUUGAUGGUCAUCGGUCUCAUUGGCUGGGCUGCGUUCAAGGUCAUCAGACUUGCUCAGCGUUCGGUUGCUAUCCACAAGAACCCUGCCUAUAUUCUCUACUCUGAUUCGGCUGCGUUGAACAGAUGGGGAUUUAUCUACGUGCAGUUCCGUGCGACCGCAUAUUACUUUAUCAUUCCCGUUUUGCUUUACAUGUUUGUCAAGGCAUGCUUUAUUGCGUUUGGCCAGAGCUCUGGCACGACGCAGGGUAUUGUUUUGAUGAUUGUUGAGCUGUUUUACCUUGUUCUUUUGUCAUACUACAAGCCGUACAUGGAUCGCCGUACCAACAUCUUCAACAUCACGAUUCAGGCCGUCAACUUCACUAACGCACUCCUGUUUUUCUUCUUCACUGGUGUGACGAAGGUCCCUUCAUACGUGACUGGUGUUAUGGGAGUUAUCUUCUUCAUUUUGAACGCUGCAUUCUCACUAAUUCUGCUCAUCAUGAUCCUUGUGUCGUGCACUGUGGCCAUCAUGUCGAAGAACCCCGACACACGCUACCAGCCCAUGAAGGAUGACCGUGCCAGUUUCAUCAAGUCGACUCAGCAGCUUCCUGAGGUUCUUGAGCUGGAGGCUCUUGGAGCGACGGUUAGAGGCAAUGCGCCCAAGUACUGAACAUGAAAGACAGUAUGCUGGGUUAUCAAUGCAUUGCAGAUCCAAGAAAACUUGGACACGAGAGAUGAUGGCCGAAAAUUUGGAUCGCCAGAUUGCUAAAAAGGAAUGAGGCAAAAGAGCCGUGGGAUGAAAGAGGAAUCGGAGGAGACUGCAUUCCUUGCGCCCGGAUGAUUUUGCUUUGCCGGUCAUAGAGACUGUGUUCAUAAAAAAC